AUGCUGCGCCUGCGACACUUGCUCGCCCUGAGCUCCGCUCUGCUGCCUCUGGCCGCCACCGCCCAGGAAUGGCCGGUCCAGGACAGCGGAUACACCGACGCAGUCCAAUGGGACCACUACAGCUUCAUCGUCAACGGCAAGCGCGUCUACCUCUUCGGCGGCGAGAUGCAUCCCUUCCGCCUGCCCGUGCCCGAGCUGUGGCAGGACAUUGUGCAGAAGACCAAGGCCCUGGGCUUCAACACCUUCUCCUUCUACACCAACUGGUUCUUCCACAACCCCCACCCCAACCAGACCGACUUUGAAACCGCCGCCCACGACAUCAGCCGCCUGCUCGAGUACGCCAAGGACGCCGGUCUUUUCGUCGCCGUGCGCCCCGGCCCCUACGUCAACGCUGAGCUGAACGCCGGCGGUUUCCCCCUGUGGGUCACUACCGGCGCCUACGGAGAGCUGCGCGACGACAAUGCCACCUACGAGGCUGCCUGGACCCCGUAUCAGGACGGCAUCGCCAAGGUCGUCGCCCCCUACCAGAUCCACAAGAACGGCACCGUCAUCAGCUACCAGCUCGAGAACGAGUACGGCGAGCAGUGGCUCGACUCGGCCACCAAGACGCCCAACCAGCCCGCCAUCAACUACAUGGAGGAGCUCAAUGCCAACGCUCGCCGAAACGGCAUCGAGGUGCCCACCACCCACAACAGCCCCAACCUGCAGGAUUUCUCGUGGUCGAAAGACCAGGACACGGUCGGUGCCGGCGGCAACGUGAACGUCUUGGGGCUGGACAACUACCCCCUUUGCUGGUCUUGUGAUCAGUCCGAGUGCACCGGCGUCUCCAACGACUACAACCUCGUCGAGUACUACAGCUGGUUCCAGAACAACACGCCGCACCAGCCGUCGCUGAUGCCCGAGUUCCAGGGCGGGCGCUACAACCCGCUCGACGGCGACGCGGGGCAGUGCCUGGAGCCCAUGGGUCCCGAGUUCCGCAACCUGUUCUACCGCCACAACAUCGACCAGAAGGUGACGGCCCAGAUCCUCUACACGCUCUUCGGCGGCACCAACUGGGGCUGGAUGGCCGCUCCUUUCAUCGGCACCAGCUACGACUACGCAGCCCCCAUCGCCGAGGACCGCUCCCUGAGGGACAGCUGGUACGAGACGAAGAGCUUGGCCCUGUUUACCAGGGUUGCUGAAGACCUCCGCGAGGCGGACCGCGUGGGCAACAGCACCGCCUACACCACCAACGACGAGGUCACCGCCACCGAGCUCCGCAACAAGGCCACGGGUGGCGCCUUCUACAUCGCCCGGCACGCCGAUUCCGUCACAGGCAAGCCCGUGUCGUUCAAGCUGCACGUAGACACGUCCAUCGGCAGCCUGACCAUCCCGCAGAAGGCGGCCGAGAUUGAGCUCAACGCCCGCGAGGCCAAGAUCGUGCCCACCGACUUCCGCUUCUCCGGCCAGAAGCUGCUCUACUCGACCGCCGAGGUUUUCACCUACGUCGAGCUGGACGGGAAGCCCACCGUCGCCCUUUGGGUGCCGGGCGGCGAGGGCGGAGAGUUCCUCCUCGAGGGCGCGGCCAACAUGUCGGCAAAGGCAGUGCCCGCCGACGCCGUCAGCUUCCACCAGAGCCAGCACGGCCUGAUCGUCAGCUUCGCCAACCAGACGGGCACCACCGUCGUCGACACGGACAAGGCCCGCUUCGUCAUCCUGGACCGCACCGACGCCUGGAAGACCUUCGCCCCGGUGCUCACCCCCGACCCCCACGCCCCCGUCAACGAGACCAUCCUCGUGCAGGGCCCGCAUCUCGUCCGCACCGCCGCCAUCUCCGGCGACACCCUCAUCCUCACCGGCGACACCAGCUCCGACACGACCCUCGACGUCUUCGCCCCUGCCGCGGUCAAGACCGUGACCUGGAACGGCGAACCCCUCUCCACCACCCCCACCGCGCACGGCAGCCUCUCCGCCAGCCUCCCCGGGCCCCUCGCCGUCACCCUCCCGCCGCUCUCCAACCUGACCUGGCGCUCCGCCCCCUCCCUCCCCGAAAUCGCACCCAACUACACCCUCUCGCCCGCCGUCUGGAAGCCCGCCAACGCCACGACUACGCCCUCGCAAUACACCUCCGCCACGACGCCCUACCUCUACAUCGACGCCCUCGGCUUCCACGUCGGCCACCACCUCUACCGCGCCACCUUCGCCGGCUCCCCCGCCCUCACCGGCCUCUUCCUCGCCCUCCAAGGCGGCACCGGCUUCGGCUGGUCCGCCUACCUCAACGGCCGCUUCCUCCACGCCGAGCCCGGCUCCUCCCCCGCCGCCCUCGAAGCCACAAACGCCACCAUCCCUUUUCCCGCCAACUCCUCCGCCCUCCUCCCCGGCACCGACAACGUCCUCGUCGUCCUCAUGGACAACUCCGGCCACGAGCAGCGCGCCGAGGCCCUCGAGGUCCGCGGCAUCACGAACGCCACGCUCCUCUCCUCGUCUUCGUCUUCCGCCCCUGCAGCCUUUUCAUCCUGGCACGUCGCCGGCACCGCCGCCUCCGCCGACGCCACCACUACCCUCCUCGACCCCGUCCGCGGGCCCUACAACGAGGGCGGCCUCCACGGCGAGCGCGCCGGCUGGCACCUCCCCGGCUUCGACGACUCGGCCUGGUCCAUCGCUUCUCCCACCUCCGGCAGCAGCAGCGGCGCCGUACUCCGCGCUGGUGGCGGUAGUACCACCGCCGAGUCAGACGUCACCUUCCACCGCGCCACCGUCGCGGCGCUGGACAUCCCGCGCGCCCACGACGGCACGGUGCAUUUCUCGCUCGGCGUGCCGGAAGGUGGGAGCGAGGAUGUCAGGGCGUUGUUGUUCGUCAACGGGUACCAGUUCGGUCGGUACAGGCCCGGGGUCAGCACGGCGACGGACUUUCCCGUCCCGCCGGGGGUGUUGGAUUUUUCGGCGGGCGGGGAGAAUACGCUCGUCGUGGCGGUGUGGGCGGUGGGCGGGAGGGAGGUGGGGGUUGAGAUUGGGUGGAGGGUCGAGGGGGUGGUGAGGGGCGGGUUGGGGGUGGGGUUUGAGAGUGGGGGUGAGGGGGGGUAUUUGAGGCCCGGGUGGGGGGUGGAGAGGGGGGUGUUUGCUUAG